UACUGUUUUGAUUUCUGGCUCCAGGAGCUUGAUGGAAAUUGGGGCACAAAAUUGGAGAAACGAAGGACUCCCCAACCUCAGCGGCUAUGUCCCAGAAUCAGAAGGAGUUGCUAGGCCUGGGUCGGCUUGAGUACCUGCAAGCCCUAGUCACUGAAUUCCAAGUGACAGAGAGCUCAGAAGCCAAGGAGCAGGUGUUGGCUAAUCUGGCUAAUUUUGCUUAUGACCCCAGAAAUUAUGAAUAUCUUCGGCAGCUCAAGGUCUUGGAUUUGUUUCUGGACAUGCUCACUGAGGACAAUGAAACUCUUGUGGAAUUUGCACUUGGAGGACUUUGCAAUCUCUGCCUGGACAAAAUCAACAAAGACUAUAUACUGGAGGCCGGUGGAGUGACAGCUGUUGUCAACUGCCUGGCCAAUGCCAACGAAGAGACUGUUCUGUCUGCAGUUACGACUCUGAUGUACUUGACCACACCCCAGUCCCGCCAAGAGAUCACCACUCUCCCCGUGAUUGAGUGUAUGCUGCGCUUCUCCCUCUCAACCAACAGAAGGCUGCGAAACUUGGCCACUAUUUUCCUGGAGGAUUAUUGCAGCCCCCUUCAGGUGGACGAGGCCAGGACCCUGACCAGGCACACAGCGGUCGGGAUUCCACUGCCCAAGGAUGAAUGCAGCCCAGCAGGCAGCCAGGAAUGAGGAGCAGAUUCCUUCCUGUCACAUCCCAGAGGAAAAGAGAAAGGAGUUAUGACAAGUAUUCUGCUUUAAAAAUGACUGUAAAUGGCCUUGAGAGUUCCUUGGGAAACAUACUGUGGACUCUCAGAAUGGAUGGGUUCCUUUCGUUUUCUGAUGUGCUUUUCAAUUCAUUCUCACAUUACUUGGAAAUACAAACCAGUUGCUGAGGGGCCUUGGUAACUAUUAUACUAGACCGGUUACAGAGGAGCCAGGAGAAUAGAAAUACAGAUUCUUUGAGAUUUAUUUUUCAGUAAGUAGCAGGAAAAAAGAGAUAAUGGCCCAAAGGGCUGUCCUAAAUUUUUAGAGCUCUUCUGCUCAUUUUAUUAAUGGACAAACAUAACAUUCCAUCCAGGGAUUUACCAUUUUAAUCACUCAAACACAUUUAGAGUUAGAUACAAUCCUAUUCACAUUUGGACCAUUUGACUGGAGGAACAUGUUUCUCUUUCCAGUGGGGGAUUGAUGAUCAGCUAAUACUUCCCAGAACCUUUGAUGAUAGUUGAAAUAAAUGUUUUUCUCUUUAUGCAUCACCUGGAACGUUUGCUCUCCAGUAUUGCCUUCCAGUCAUCAGUCCAAGAUUCAAGCCGCCUCUGUGGCGGCUGUAGCUUUAGAUGUUUGUUGUGACAGCAAGAGAACAAGAUGUGCUCCCAUCUUGGAUUUGGCUCUGCCCCUGAGAAGAAUUGGAAAGGGACAUUAAAGAUACAACCAUAUAAUACAGGACUUUGAUGUGGAAGUUGUACCUCAGAUUCUCAUACCUUUAAUUAUGUCCUUGUCAUCAAAGAGCAGAUCAGCUGAAACAACCGUCUUAUCUCUGGUCAGAAUUAGUCGCUCCGCAAAUUGAGGACCCAAGUGUUUAUCAACCCAUCUGUACUGUCAGGUGAUAAGGAAGCAGUAUUAGAAGAAAUUUAAUUACAGCCUUCAAGCAAGCUUUUUCUACUGUAAGACAUUAAUAGACAUAUCCUGCGUAGCUUUUUGACAGAGUGCUUGGAGUGUAUCUCAGACUGUUGAUACUCUCCAAACCUUCAAAGACCUUUGCUCAUUUUGCAAAUCACUGUAUUAUAAAUCUUUACACAGUUCCUGGGAACUAAGUUCCAGUGAACACAGUGAACCUUAUUUUUGAGUAAACGUGCAUAGGCCAGUAAUGUGGCUCCAAGAACAGAUCUGGGUGAUUUCCUUUAAAAUUGAAAACUUGGCCUUAAUGGUGAAAAUACUUCAGGUUAACAAUACAUUUUCCUCACAGAAUAAAGGUUCUCACUAUAUGGUUCACAAAAAAGGGGUAUUGAAAUUUAUAGUGGUUAAGAGAUCAAAAUUACCAAAAGGGAACUCCCCUCCCCCCAAAAUAGUAUUUUUCUUCCAUGCAGGAAUCAAAACACAGUCUUACACAUUAUUAGUUAGAUAUGGGUCACACUGGAACAAAUGGGAUUUAUUCCUUGGUUCUUCAAAAUUUUAUUUUCAACCAUAUAUGUGAUUGUGUAAAGCACAAAUGGGAGACUUAUUUGGCUGGGGGUUGCAAAAAUAUAUUUUUAAUUUUUUUUCCAUAUUUUUCGGCCUAAAGUAGAAAAUUGCAUUGCUUAAAAAAAAAAAAAAGGCUUAUGCCCAAUUAUGAGCCUGAGAUAGCCUAGCCCUGUCCUUAAGGAAUACUAUAUUUGUUUAUUAUCACAAUUGUGACAUGCCUUCUGUUACCUUUUCCACUGUUUUAGCUUUUAAAUCCACUGUAUUCUUAACAAAAUUAGGGAAGAUGUGGCUUCUGGAUUUCCCAAACCCUUAAAAAUCUCCACUCUAGAUCACAUGACCAGGAAGAGAUAGUGCUUAGAACAGACCAGUCACCCCUCUUCAAAGUCGCUACCCAACUGCCUCUCCCAUAGGGAUACACUAGGGGCAUUGUGUGUGAGGGUUGUUUUUCUGCAGAGACUCAAGCCAGAUCUGGCCCAUUCUUGAAUUCAGAUUUGCCUUCUGCUCCAGAUGCUGGCCUGCAGCUCCUAUAAUCCCUUAUAAUAGGCUCUGCUGGCUAGGGCUGAUAGAAGCUGUAAUCCAGCAACAAUUGGAGAGCCACACACUGAAAGAUUUCCAGACAAUAAUUACUCUUAUAUAGUUAGUAUAUGAUACCAUUCUGUUGUCCUGACAAUUUUGAUUGAAGGUGGCAUGAAACUCUUCAUAAUAAAUUGAUAAAUAUGGAGAAAAAAUAAAGCAUGUCUUUCAUUUCUAGGUGGCAGUGACAAACUUAGGAAACUGCAUGUAUUUGAUGAAGUAGGCUUUUAAGCUACAGCAUCUUAACUAUGCAAGUUUUAUAAGAUGCGUAUGUAGAACUAAACAUGCAUCUCUUUGAAAUAUUGGAAAUAGUAUGACCCUUUCUAAAAUACCGCUUACAAGUUUUAAAAUAAAUAGCAGUAGCCUUUGAGGUUGACAAAGGCCUGUGCUGAUUUGAAAGAGCCACUCCUUCUGGUUAGUAUGUAUUAUUUAAAUAUUUUGAUGAAUAGAGUGCAUAUUUUGUUUAGUAAGAAGUAGAUAUAUUUGAUAUUUUUUCCUUCAGACUAUUUAGUGGAUUUGUGCUGGCAAGAUUUCAGUUUGUAAAGGGCAAUGAAGGAUUUGGGUUUUAAUGGAUAGUAAUCUUCUUAAAAGUUCAGUAUCCUAGACUAAGACAGAACUUUUCUGUAAUCUCAGAGGAACUAAGGCAGAGGCAUGGUAUGAAAUCCACCCAAGCCUGUUGUGACAUUUUCUUGUAUCAGCCACUGACCAGGAAUGAGGCAAGGAGCAAAAGCCAAAGAAAGAAAAGGGUUUUAUUAACAUACAGAAUCCAUCAUCCUGACUGAUGGGUGCUUUGCAUUUUAAGACUGAAGAAAGGAAGAAUGACAACUGCCAACCUUUUCUGUAACGCAGUGUUCAUAUUUCCGUAUAGGACUUGUGCAAAUAAAAACUUCAGUGCUGAAAA